CUUCCAAUAGAAUCAUUCUAAUAAACAAAUGACAUUUGUCAUUAAGCAUUAAAACCUGAUCAAUUUCAGCCAGUUCCCCGUGUAGUUAUUACAAAUCACAAAGUCCCAGAAAGGACAAACCUUUUACCCAGAAAAAAUCGCCACUCAACACGUCUUUCUCACACAACCUUCAUCUUUUAUUCUCUUCUUUAAUGCAGUUUUGUUUCUUUUUCUAAAAACCCAUUUCCCCUGUUGUUGGGUUCAGUUCAGUUUAAGUAAUUAUAUUUGAUUUUCAGGUCUAGAGGAAAAGAGGGAUGAGAAAGUUGGGGUUUUGGGUUUGCUUUUGGUUUCUCUUAAAUGGGUCGUCAUGCUUGGGAAAGUUUAAUGUAGAGAAGAACAGUUUAAGGAUAACCGCACCAAACUCUUUGAAAGAUACGUAUGAAUGCGCAAUUGGGAAUUUUGGAAUCCCUCAAUAUGGAGGAAGUAUGAUGGGUACUGUAGUUUACCCCUCGUCUAACCAGAAUUCAUGCAAGAACUUCGACGAUUUUAGUAUCUCAUUCAAAUCACAGCCUGGUAGCCAGCCAAUCUUCAUACUCGUCGAUCGAGGAGACUGUUUUUUCACUUUGAAGGCAUGGAAUGCACAAAACGCUGGAGCAGCAGCUAUUCUUGUUGCAGACGAUAUAUCAGAACCGUUAAUCACUAUGGAUAUCCCCGAAGAAGAAGGUGAUUCUAGAAGCGAUUAUUUUCAGAACAUAACGAUUCCGUCUGCUCUUAUCAACCAAUCAUUGGGUAAUAGCAUCAAGAAAGUGUUGUCUUCGAACAAUGAGAGGGUUAUCAUAAGUCUUGAUUGGAAGGAGGCUCUUCCCCAUCCAGACGAUCGAGUUGAGUAUGAAUUCUGGACUAACAGUAACGAUGAAUGUGGACCCAAAUGUCUGAAUCAGAUUAACUUUGUCAAGAAUUUCAAAGGAACUGCUCAGAUUCUUGAACAGAAGGGAUAUACUCAGUUUACGCCUCGUUACAUAACUUGGAUUUGCCCUGAGGAGUUUCUUUUGACCAAUCAAUGCAAGUCUCAGUGUAUCAACCAUGGAAGGUAUUGCGCACCUGAUCCAGAACAGGAUUUUACAAAAGGGUAUGAGGGGAAGGAUGUUGUUCUUCAGAAUCUAAGACAAGCUUGUUUCUUUAAGAUUUCUAAUGAAACUGGGAAACCUUGGCUUUGGUGGGACUAUGUUACUGAUUUUUCUAUUCGAUGUUCCAUGAAAGAACAGAAGUAUACUACCGAUUGCGCGAAUGAAGUCAUCAAAUCGCUUUCUAUGGAUGUGAAGGAAAUAGAGAAAUGCAUAGGGAAUCCUGAUGCAGAUGAAGAAAACCAGGUUCUUAAGGCUGAACAAGAGGCACAGAUUGGAAAAGGGUCUCGUGGGGAUGUUACGAUAUUGCCAACACUUGUUAUAAACAACGGACAGUAUAGAGGUAAACUUGACAAGAGUGCAGUUCUGAAAGCUAUCUGCGCUAGCUUUCAGGAAAGAACAGAGCCUGCUCUUUGUUUAAGCGAAGAUAUUGAAACAAAUGAAUGCUUGCAAAACAAUGGCGGUUGCUGGCAGGAUAAGGCAGCUAACAUCACUGCAUGCCGGGAUACAUUUCGAGGAAGAGUGUGUGAAUGCCCUAUUGUGCAGGGUGUAAUGUUUGUGGGUGAUGGAUAUACUCAUUGUGAAGCUUCGGGAGCAUUACAGUGUGCGGUUAAUAAUGGGGGUUGUUGGAGGGAAACUCAGGAAGACAAGACGUAUUCUGCUUGUCUUGACAACAAUUCAAAAGGAUGCACAUGUCCAUUAGGAUUCAAGGGUGAUGGAGUCCACACAUGCCAAGACAUUGACGAAUGCAAGGAGAAGACAGCUUGUACAUGUUCAGGGUGUAAAUGCAAGAACACUUGGGGUAGUUAUGAAUGCAGCUGUAGUGGCAAUAAUCUAUUUUACCUGCGAGAACUCGAUACAUGCAUAGGUAAUAAAGAUAGACCUGUUUGCUUUUUUUUUUGCUUUUUUUUCAUCUUUGACACUUCAACUUUUGUUGCAGGCAAGGAUGUUAAGACGGAGAGCUGGAGUACGAUUUGGGUUGUUAUUCUUGGAUUGGCUGCUAUUGGAAUUGGUGGAUAUGCAAUUUACAAAUACAGGAUUCGGAGCUUCAUGGAUUCAGAGAUUCGCGUAAUUAUGGCACAGUACAUGCCAUUGGAUAGUCAAGUUGAGGAACAUCUUCUUUCUAGAGGAGGUGUUUGAGAAACACAGAUUCGGGUCAGUCACGAUUUCAUCGAAAUUUCAUUUUUCUUCCACUUGUUUAAACUUGAUAGUGUAUUAUAUUAAUGUAAUUGGUCUGUUGCUUACAUAUUUAGAUCAAAAUAUGGGUUGUAAGGACAGAAUAGUCUUCUGUGAUAACGUUGGAAUCAUGUUAGCAUUUUACAUUAAAAAAGAUUGAGUUUUUGAUC